AGCUCCUGCGGCGCAGGGCGGAACCCCGGCCGGCCCGCCCGCGCGCAGGUGAGAGAGCCCGGGCGGGGCGGAGCGCAGCCGGUGCCAGGCUCCCGUGCCCGAGGCCGCCGCUCCGGACCACGGGCCACCGUCGCUUUCCCCGCCGAGGCCGAGGAGCCCGGAGCCAUGGCCGGCCUGAACUGCGGGGUCACACUCCCACUGCUGGGGGUCCUGCUGCUGGGAGCCGUGCGCCUGACGCGCGGAGCGGCUUUCGAGAUCGGCCUGCCCUACGGAAGUGGCAUCACUGUCUCGAUAAGUCCCGGGGCCUCACCUCUGCCUCCAGGGAAGCCCUGUUACAUCUUUAGUAGAAAAAUGGCAACCUCGUUGGUCAUCAAAUCUGGAGAAACAAAGGGCUUUUCCUUCAGCUGCCUGAAUCCAGAGAACUACUUUGUCAUUGAGAUCCUGAGGAAUAUUGACUGCAUGGCAGGCCCGUGUUUUUUCGGGGAGGUCCAGCUGCAGCCCCCGACGUCACAGUUGCCCACCCUCAACCGGACUUUCAUCUGGAACGUGCAGGCUCACAAGAGAAUCGGCCUGGAGCUGCAGUUCUCCCUGCCACGCCUGCGGCAGAUCGAGCCAGGGGACAGCUGCCCGGAUGGGGUCACUCACUCCAUCAGCGGCCGCGUCGACUCCACCAACGUCAAGAUCGGAACCUUCUGUAGCAACGGCACCGUGUCCCGGAUCAAGAUGCAAGAGGGCGUCCAAAUGGCCUUACACCUGCCGUGGUUCCACCCCAGGAACGUCUCCGGCUUCAGCAUCGCGAACCGGUCAUCCAUCAAACGACUGUGCAUCAUCGAGUCUGUGUUUGAGGGCGAGGGCUCCGCAACCCUGAUGUCCGCCAACUACCCCCUCGGCUUCCCCGAGGAUGAGCUCAUGACGUGGCAGUUCGUCAUCCCCCCGCCCCUGCGGGCCAGCGUCUCCUUCCUCCGAUUCAACGUCUCCAACUGCGAGAGGAAGGAGGAGCGGGUGGAGUACUACAUCCCGGGCUCCACCACCAACCCCGAGGUGUUCAAGCUGGCGGACAAGCAGCCCGGGAACAUGGCCGGGAAUUUCAACCUCUCCCUGCAGGGCUGUGACCAAGACGCCCAGAAUCCAGGGAUCCUCCGGCUGAAGUUUGAGGUUUUGGUUCAAUAUCCACAACAUGAAAGCAAUGUCAGCUACGUGGUUGACCUGAGUCACGAGCGAGCCAUGUCGCUCAGCAUCGAGCCGAGGCCCGGCAGGCAGAGCCGCCGGUUCGUCCCUGGCUGCUUCGUGUGCCUGGAGUCUCGCACGUGCAGCACCAACCUCACCCUGACGGCGGGCUCCAGACACAGGAUCUCCUUCCUCUGUGACGACCUGACGCGCCUGUGGAUGAACGCCGAGAAAAUCUUCAGCUGCAUGGACCACCGGUACUGCCUCAGGAAGUCCUACCCCCUCCAGGUGCCCAGGGACAUCCUCCAGCUACCUGUGCAGCUCCACGACUUCUCCUGGAAGCUGCUGGUGCCCAACGACAGGCUCAGCCUGGCCCUGGUGCCGGCCCAGAAGCUGCAGCAGCACACGCAGGAGCGGCUCUGCAACGCCAGCUUCAGCUACCUGCUGGCCGGCGCCGGUGCCAGCCCCGGCCAGGACCUCUACUUCGGCUCCUUCUGCCCUGGAGGUGCCAUCCAGCAGAUCCAGGUGAAGCAGAACAUCUCGGUGACCCUGCGCACCUUUGGCCCCAGCUUCCGACAGGAGGUCUCCAGGCAGGGCCUGACCGUGUCCUUCAUACCCUACUUCAAAGAGGAAGGGGUUUUCGAGGUGAUCCCGGAUACGAAAAGCAAGGUCUACCUGAGGACCCCUAACUGGGAACGGGGCCUGCCAGCCCUCGCCUCCGUGUCCUGGAACAUCAGCGUGCCCAGCGACCAGGUGGCCUGCCUGACCUUCGUGAAGGAGCGCACCGGCCUGGUCUGCCAGACGGGGCGCGCGUUCCUGAUCGUGCAGGAGCAGUCGUCCGCGGCCGAGGAGGUCUUCAGCCUGGAGGAGGUGCUGCCCAAGCCCAGCGCCCACCACCACAACUUCUGGGUCAACAUCUCCAACUGCAGCCCGGCCAGCGGCAAGCAGCUGGACCUGCUCUUCCAGGUGUCGCUCAGCCCGAGAACUGUGGACCUGACCGUCAUCCUCAUCGCCGUGGUGGGAGGCGGCGCCUUGCUGCUGUUCGCCCUCGGACUCAUCAUUUGCUUCGUGAAGAAGAACAGGAAGAAGAAGAGGAACAAGGCCCUGGCCGUGGGCGUCUACAACGGGAACGGCAACACGCAGAUGCCGAUGCAGCCCAAGUUCCCGAAGGCCCCGAAGGACAUCGACCCCCACGUGUACGCAGUCAUCGAGGACACCAUGGUGUACGGGCACCUGCUGCAGGGUUCCAACGGGUCCUUCGUCCAGCCCGAGGUGGACACCUACCGGCCCUUCCAGGGCCCCGUGGGGGACUGCCCGCCCUCCCCGCCCCCCAUCUGCUCCAGGGCCCCGACUCUGAAGCUGGCCCCCGAGGACCCGUGCCCUGGCUUCAGCCCCGAGCCCGAGAGCGAGCCGUACACCUUCUCCCACCCCGCCAAGUGCAGCGGAGGCGACGGGAACACGGACGUUCCUUUGCUGCACGCCCACGAGGCGGAGCAGCCCGGGGAGUAGCUUGGACCCAUCCCAAAGACUUUGCAUGAAGCUGGGUCCUAUCGGGUGCCCGUCAGAAAACCUAAAGAAAAGGGCUCGUGUGGAAGGAGCAGCAGGAGCUUUUCCCAGACUCCCCAGCUUCUCGUUUCCAAGGGGACUCGAUCUGAUGAUGAGCCCCCGGAAGUGGUGAGUGCCGGUCUGGAUGCGGCCCUCACUGUGCACGUCUCUGCAAACUCGGGUGGGCUGCAGACCCGGCCGCAGGGAGUGAGAGGUGCCAGUCACCCAGGCCGGGGUGCCACGAGCCCUGGUUUGGAUUUGGAUCUGGAUCUCUCUGGGGGGCCAUCCGUGUGCCUGCUGCGCCUUCCUGCCACUGAGGAGAGACUGCGAGACCAUCCAGCCUGUGUGUUUUCUUUAGCCGACAGAAUCUUUUUAAAGAGUAGAUCCCUAACAGUUAAAAUGAGAAAAUGUUUACAUGCAGAUCAGAAGACCUGGCCAGGUUGCCGUCAGCCAGCAGCAACUGGCUGCGUCAGAAGUUGGGCCACCUCCCGCUGGGGCCUCUGGUCUGCCAGCUCCCUAGGGUCCCCACCCCUCUCCCUGACCCCCCACAGGGGCCUGUGUCACCCUAUCAAACGAGAAGACAGCCCCCGCCACAAGGCCCCGAGGUGUGAGCUUCGGGAAGUUCUCUUACACACAGCCCACACCCCUCAGGUACUGUAAUUACCUGCCCGGCUCCUGUGGGUGUCUGUUUGCCUCCGCAGGCCCUGCUCUCCCCCGGGAGGAGGCAGGUUGUGUCAUAGCUCGCCAGUGCAGUCCGAAGUUCAGUGUUUCCAUGGCAAAGCCUCUGGAAAAUAAACGCACCGCACCGAGCUCCGUGCACUCACCCUGGAGACGCACUGUCUGGACUUGUUCGUGGGCUGCUCUGGCUUCCCGAGAAGGAGCUUUGCAGCCGCCUCCGUGGCGUGUGUUCUGAGGCCUCUCGAACUCCUCCCAGAAGGAAGAGUUUGCGGUUUGGGUUUUGGUUUUUAUUUUCAUCACACCCUCAGGGUGGCUGUGGCACCUUUCCGUUCUCAAAGGUUGGGCCCCCCGACCAGGGGCCCCCGACUCCUGGCCUCUUCUGAGGGUCACUGGCUCGGUGUGCUCUGCCUUCCGCCCCAGAGGGAGGCUGGCUGUCUUUGGCGUAGCUGUCUGUCAUCACACACAUCACCUUUAAUGACAGGGUUGCCAGGUGGCCAUUGUCUCUUCACCGAGAGCCCCAAACUACAGGCCACCUCGCCAUCUCCCCGAGACCUCGGGUGUCCUGGAGACAAGCCCCCGGAAGGAGCCGGCCCGGCGCGCUCAUGGCCCUUUAAAGCCCGGGCCCCACUUACAUAAACUACUUCGGGGUCCCAGGAAACCAGUCAGAUGUGUUUGUUGAAGCCCCCUCACCGGGUCUGCCGCUGCCGCUGCCGGGGCUGCCCUCGCGCCCACCUGCCACGGCCGUGAGGACCCCUGCUCAGAGAAGACCCUCCUCCAAUGCCACGGUCACCGCCCACGGGAGGGGCGGGUCUCCAGGACGAGAAGAGGGGGAAAAGCCUAGGUCCCCGGGGCAUACCCUUGGUCACCGUUAGCGGACUGGUUUGUGUGAAUCUACAGUGCAUCCCUGGAAAUAAUUUAUUUGUUGUAGAUACUUUUUUAGGUACCAUUUUAUUUCCUAUGCUUUUUAAAAUAAACACAUGUACACCAAAAAAGUGGGC